GUGGUGCUCGAGGACCCUGGGCCCGCCCCGCGGCUCCUGGCCAGCCUCUACCUGCUGCUCCCUCGUGGAGAGCGGGCGACCGGGGCGGAGCCGGGGCCGCCGCGACCAUGAAGCUGCCCAACAUCCUGCUCACGGGUACACCAGGGGUUGGAAAGACCACACUAGGUAAAGAACUUGCAUCAAGAACAGGACUGACGUACAUUAAUGUGGGCGAUUUAGCACAAGAAGGACAGUUAUAUGAUGGCUUUGAUGAAGAAUAUGAAUGUCCCAUUUUGGAUGAAGACAGAGUAGUUGAUGAGUUAGAAAAUAAAAUGAAAGAAGGUGGAGUUAUUGUUGAUUACCAUGGCUGUGACUUCUUCCCUGAACGAUGGUUUCAUAUAGUUUUUGUGCUUCAAACAGAUAAUUCUGUAUUAUAUACAAGACUUGAAAAGAGGGGAUACAGUGUAAAGAAACUACAGGACAAUGUUCAGUGUGAAAUUUUCCAAGUUCUUUAUGAAGAAGCCAUGGCCUCCUACAGCCCUGAAAUAGUACACCGGCUGCCCAGCAAUGUACCAGAAGAACUAGAGAAUAAUUUAGAUCAGAUAAUGAAAUGGAUUGAGCAGUGGACAAAAGAUAAUAAUUGAACCUUGAGGGCAAAGCAUUGGACUUUCAAGGUUUUCCACAUGAUGGUUAAAGAUUUUCUUGAUGAUUUCUCCUUCCCCAUGUAGUGGAAAUUAACAUAACACACACCAAGUUUUACUAUCUAGGCUUGUGUUAUAGAAGUAGCAGGUGGACAAUAUAUAAAGUUGUUAUGACUAAAUUAAUUUUUUUCUCCGUGAGAAAACUGAAAACCCCCAAAUACAAUGAAUAAGAUAUUAAGGACUUUUUAAGUUUAGGAAUAUUUAGCAUUCUCAUUUAUAAAUAAGAAUAAGCUAAAGAAUAAGCAAAUUUGAGAAAAUAGGUGGAAGUCUUUAAUACUUGACAUGAAAAAGAAAAUGAAGACUAGGAAGAACUCUGACUUAGAAGUUUCCUUAAGAGUCUAAGGAUAAAGCUAUAAACAUUACAUUAAGUGUUCUAUUGGUGGUGAAUUGCUGGUUUAUCUUUUUUAUUCUUGGAAGUUGGUUAUAAAUUAGGAUAGUCACAAAGUAAAUGGUGAGAUCUUUGAGAAAAUGGCAUUUUUUUUUCUUUAGUACAAGAGUUCACUGAACUCUUUUGCCCAUAAAAUCACUGCUGAUCCUAGCACUGAUAUUUGUUUUUGCAGAAGAGUAAGCCAAUCACAUUUUCCAUAAAAAAGGCAAUGGCAAAGUCUUCUGUGCACCCAUGGAAACUAAAUAUUAAUUUAUUGACUAAUUUCAGUCUUGCUAAGUUUCAUGAAAAUUCAUGUGAUAAUGCUUUGUUGCCGUAUAGGUGGUGGUAAUUAUUAGAUAAAAUUUUUAAAUAUAGUGAUUGUGUAUUUCAUGAAGAUUGUUUAACGCUGAUAACUAGCACUUUUCCUCCCCCUUUUAAAAGUAUAUUUCUGUGCCUUUCCGAUGUAUUCUUGAACCAUGAGGCAGGCUUUAGCCUUCUUCCUUACCUAUGCUAUUCUGCACUUCUCCCUUUGCCAUGUUGAGAAACAGUCCUUUCAAAGUUGUAAGUCUUGCUGCCUAUAGCUUCAGCCAAAAAGUGAUCAGAGUUAGUUUGUUGUGAAAGGAAGUCAGAUUCAUUGUUGGUGAGGACCUGAAUGUCCAACUUGCCUUUAGGACAUCUCCACUUGGACAUACUGUUAGCUUCUUAACUUCAGCCAGCCCAGAGAGCACUAGAUUGAUUUAUAGUUAGGAGAAACCUGAGUUCAGAUCUUUUCUGAUGUCUACCAGCUGUGUAACCCUGGGGAAGUUACAGACUCUGAGCUUCCAUAUCCUUUUAUAAAAAAUGGUUACUGUUACCACAUAGAGUUAUUGUGAGGAAAGUGAUUUAUAAACUUAAUAGUGACAUAGAAUUGUGGUCAGUUAUAUUCCCUAAACUUACUCCCAUUUCUGACUUUACUGUUUUUAUCCGUGGUGCCACAAUUCAACCACUUCUCUGUGUUCACUUGCAAAGUUUCAUCAGUUUUACCUCUGACAUCUCUGGGAUCUCUCCUUCUCUACACUUACUCUAUUACCAUCUUAGGUAAGUAUCGGCCACUGCAAAAAGCCUCCUGCUUUGUCUCCCUCCUCAGGUUAUUAUCCUUCUCCAUAUCUACCAAUCCUACAUCAUCUACCAAUGACAUUAUUCUAAAGCACAGUUCUCAUUAUAUUACACCUCUGUUCGUAAAACAUCAGAAGCGUACCACUUCAUCUUGUAUCAAUUUCAUAUCAA